GGUUCCAGCCCCUCUGGCCGGGCGCACUGGACAUGGAGCUCCGAGCAGCGCAUCCUGAGCCCCCAGCGCACUCCAACCCGCUCGUUCGGUUAGCGCCCAGCUUGGGGAGGGGACGGUGGAAGCUAGCCGGGUGAAAACCUCACAUCCUGCCCGCCCCAGGCCUCUCCAUCACCCCGCGGUAGAGAGUUGGGAUGGAUGGGAGCGAUGUUCUUCUGGCUCCUGGCUUUCUUUGCCUGCCUCCGACCGGAUGGAUGACCUUGAGCCGAGAGCGCCUCCUCUUUGCCUCUCCUUCCCCAUCUGCACAAUGGGAAUUGGUUUGGCAAGUUUCUCUCAUAUCCUGGGACCAGCUUCCAGCCUUUCUCAUCCCAAGCACUGGAGACAGCAGCCUCCAGACUGCUAAGAGCAGAGACAGCAUGAAGGCCCCGGGCCGCCUUCUGCUCCUCACACUAUGCAUCUUGACACUCUCUGCUGUCUGUGUCUUCCUGUGCUGCUGGGCCUGCCUGCCGCUCUGCCUGGCAACCUGCAUGGACCGCCACCUCCCUGCGGCCCCCCGAUCCACUGUGCCAGGGCCCCUGCACUUCAGUGGCUACAGCAGCGUGCCAGACGGGAAGCCUCUUAUCCGAGAACUGUGCCACAGCUGUGCGGUGGUGUCCAGCUCUGGCCAGAUGCUGGGUUCAGGCCUGGGUGCCCAGAUCGAUGGUGCAGAGUGCGUGCUACGCAUGAACCAGGCACCCACCGUGGGCUUUGAGGAGGAUGUGGGCCAGCGCAGCACUCUGCGCGUGAUCUCGCACACAAGUGUGCCAUUGCUUCUGCGCAACUACUCGCACUAUUUCCAGCAUGCCCGAGACACGCUCUAUGUGGUGUGGGGCCAGGGCAGGCACAUGGACAGGAUGCUGGGCGGCCGCACCUACCGCACGUUGCUGCAGCUCACCAGGAUGUAUCCAGGCCUGCAAGUGUACACCUUCACUGAACGCAUGAUGGCCUACUGCGACCAGAUCUUCCAAGAUGAGACAGGCAAGAACCGGAGACAAUCAGGCUCCUUCCUCAGCACUGGUUGGUUCACCAUGAUUCUGGCCCUGGAGCUGUGCGAGGAGAUCGUGGUCUACGGGAUGGUCAGCGAUAGUUACUGCAGCGAGAAGAGUCCCCGCUCUGUGCCCUACCACUACUUUGAGAAGGGCCGGCUAGAUGAGUGUCAGAUGUACCGUUUGCACGAGCAGGCUCCAAGGAGCGCCCAUCGUUUCAUUACCGAGAAGGCUGUGUUCUCCCGCUGGGCCAAGAAGCGACCCAUCGUGUUCGCCCACCCGUCCUGGAGGGCCAAGUAGUCCCUGUUGCCAGGUCUGUGACCCAUUCCAGGCCAACACGGCUCUAAUGUGAGCAUUUAUGACUCACCUACCUGAUGCCAGGUAGAACAUGAGGUCUCUAUUACCCAACACUGGGUACACUCGGAGGAACCUCAGGCCUUGUGACUUGAAGAGGAGUCGAGAAGAUGCCAUUGACACCACCCCUGCUUCCAGAGGAAUCCACAUCUUCAUCUUGGGGUUUGUCCCACUGCCAGGUUGUUUAAGUGGCCUUUGCCCUGGGUCCAUCGAUGGCCCCACCUCACCAGCAUUAUGGCUUUAUACCAGUCUUGAUCCUUUCCACUACUUGGCUCCAGCCACAUGGUGCCACAUUCUCAGGCUGGUGGCCCUGGUUGGUGCACCCUGGAACUUGGGAUUUGAUGGAUGUGAGGGCCUUUGAGCCUCAGUCUCUCAGGACUGACUGUCUUGGGAGUGUGCCGGUAAAGGCAGAUUUUCUGGACACUGUCUCUGUGGUAACGGAUGUGGGAUGGGGGUUAGUCAGGACAAGGCCUGUAGCCUGUCCCCUGGAGGGCUGACUGAGCCUUCCAGCCCUUCUCUAGGCCCACAACUGUCUGCUCUUCCCGCAUUGUCUGGACAUCAGCCCUACAGUCUCCUGCCCCAGCAUCCCACAAGCCUGGCCUUCUGAUGGUCUGACCACAGGACUGUGCUGGCCCAGGACAGCCACCCUGCCCUCACUCAACAGGCACAGAGCAGAGCCUGGGAGGACUCGGAGUGAGAAAGAAAUUCCACCCGACGCCACUUUCCUGCCCCAUGAGUCAGAUUCCAAAGUCUUUGCCAGUCAGGCUGUCUCUUAACUGUGGGACGUGAUUCCUUUGUAAAACAGAAGGCAGAACAAAUGCAGCUCGGGGAGGGUGCUGACCAGAAAGGAGUGGUCUCGGGGCCAGCCCUUUCUCUGAGUUUUGCUUUUCAGUACUAAAACACAGCCACCACCUUGCUGUUAAGGAGGGUGUGAGGCCACCCUGAGAAGGGAGCUGGUGCUCAUUACAGAUGACGUAGCCCAGGCUAGCUUUCAGGAGGUGUCUGAACUAGGAUGCUGUCAGCCUUGAGAGCUCACUACCCAGGCUCUGCCUCCUUCCCCCUUUGGAAGACUGAAGAAUGGCGCCCUGGGCUUUAGCUCUCCACUUCAGAGUUCAGGACCCUCUGGGUGUAACCUGUGCGGUCCCCAGAGCCCCGUGCUUAGUUUAACCUCUCCUGCUACAAACUUGAAAUUCCUUAUUUUAGGUCUUGGUUUGAAACAAGGAACCUCUCAGUUUCCUUACCAGAUCCCACAAAGGGCAAAACCCGUCAUGUUAAGGACUCUGGUGGCCUAGCCCACUCUCCCUCCUACCCAUUUUCCCAGGAGUGAAGAGACCUGGCACCUGGCCCACAACACUGCCCUUGUCCCUGUCCAGUGCCAGGUGGAUCGGAAGCCUCAUAUGUGGGAGGGGAAGCAGAGAGGGAAAUCUCUGAGCCAGGGUUGCAGGCGAGAAGCCAAACUGUUUCUGCAGGCCUGGAGGGGCUGAGGGGCUGAGGGUAGGGAUAGGGCAUGCGUGGGUAGUGGGUGAGACGAAGAGUCCUGGCAGCAGGCCUGACCCCACAUUCCCAGGCAAUAAAGAUAGUAGAGUAGUUCCUGCCUCACCAGAUUGUAUGAGCUCAGAGAUGCUGGGGUGCCCCUUGGGGCUUACUUAGAACACACUUGGCUCUCAGUAUUCAGAAGCCACCAUUUAAAUAGGGUGACCCUCUGCCUGACUGAUCCUGUUCCACCCUGGUAUAGGUGGCAUCAGUGCAUAAUAAUAAUAAUAAUAAUGUUCUCAUCCUAAUGAGAAUAGUGUCUUCUGGUGCCAUUUUGAGUGACUGUGACCCAGGAACAGAGAUGUAUGUUACCCCGAAUUCCAUGUUCCAGUGCAGAAACAGUUUCAUGAAGUUUUAUAGUUUUGCGGAACAUAAAGUCAUAAGUCCAAGCAAGUCUAAAAUAUAUUGGUGGGGACAUCAGAAAGGCUGGUACGGCAAGCUGGGGAGGACUUUCCUAUAAGGUCUGAGAGGUUGAGAGUUUGGGUAGGUAGAAGCUAUGUUCUGACAAAGGUAGUCAGGAAAUGGCUGUUUGAAGCUACAGCUGGCCCAAGAUCUGCUGAUUUUGGCCUCUGGGACAUCUCCGGAGGCCUGGCUUCUUUCUAGGACUUUUCGUUCAUGGUAGAGAGCUGGCUCUCCGUCCCAUUAGAAGUCUCCGCACCUGUGCCCUUCUCCAUGCGUGUCCAGGGUCAAGAGACUCCCUGGUCCUGGUGGGAUCUAGACUACUCCUGUCUGAGAGUUAGUCUUCCUGUUUUCAGCCAUAAGGAAAUGCUGGCCCAACCCUUAGACAAAGCACACAGAAAUGCUUCUGUCCUGGCUUCUGGGUGAGGUGUUUACUGCUGGGUUGGCCUGAAUAAAUUGUAUUUCUCAGGGAA